GAGGAAUGGCCUCUGUGAGGAUUUUGCUGUCGCGGAGCAUAACCUCCCUGUUCAGGCUCAGACAAUGUGUUCCUGUCGUGACUAACUCCAGAAAGCGCUGUUGGUCAGAACUGCUGAGACCAUGGCACAAAACUGUGGUGGCUGGAUUCGGCGUGGCCCUGUGCGCAGUUCCUAUCGCUCAGAAAUCGGAGCCUCAUUCUCUUAGUAACGAAGCAUUAAUGAGGAGGGCUGUGUCUCUGGUAACGGAUAGCACCUCUACCUUUCUCUCUCAAACCACUUAUGCAUUGAUUGAAGCAAUCACCGAAUACACUAAGGCUGUUUAUACAUUAAUUUCUCUGUACCGACAAUAUACAAAUUUACUUGGGAAAAUGAAUUCACAGGAGGAAGAUGAUGUGUGGCAGGUGAUCAUAGGAGCUCGAGUUGAGAUGACUUCCAAGCAGCAAGAAUACUUGAAGCUGGAAACCACUUGGAUGACUGCAGUUAGUCUUUCAGAAAUGGCAGGGGAAGCUGCAUACCAAAUUGGAGCUGACCAGGCUUCCAUAACCUCCAGGAAUCACGUCCAGCUGGUGAAGUCGCAAGUGCAGGAGGUGCGCCAGCUCUGCCAGAAAGCGGAGGCCAAGCUGGCUGAAGCACAGACGCAGGAGCUGCGCCAGAGAGCACAGGAGGCCGAGGGUGAGGGCGAGGACGAGAGGCCUGACCAGGAGCACGAGGCCUACCUUCGUGAAGACUGAGGGCCAGACCCCGCCGCCCAGCAGGGGCACAGCUGUCUGUGCAGAGGAGAGGCCGGUGCUGCUGCCCAGCCGACAGGGCCAGAAGCUGGUGUGAGCUGUGAGCGCCAGGGCGGCCCCUUCCCUGGUCCUGGGCACCCUGCUCACAGCGGCGCUCUCCCUCUUCUCAUUACCAGCUCCUCACCCUGGGCCCCCAACAGGGUCCUCUUUUUGUCACUCUAAUGUUCAGUAGCUGUUAACCUGAGUUUUCGGUCUUACUCAUUUUCCAGGUAUGACGUGGUAUUUGCUUUCUCCACGGGCACAGGCUUUUCCUGAGCGUGUGUGAUGCUUGCUCAGUGAGAGCAGAGCUCAGGCCGAGGAGUGCACUUGUCAGGGAGGGAGUGAAUCCCUGUCCCCCUGGUGCUCAUAAAGGGCCUUACUCUAGCACACGCCUUGCC